AUGGGAUAUGGUGGACCAUUGAACAACGCUAACUACUUGAAAGCAAACUUCUCAAAGCCUUACAAGUUCUUUAUUCAUUCUAUUGUUCAUGCACUAAGCCACAGGAAGGGUGGUUAUGACGUAAUGCGAGAUUAUCAGAUGAAUAUGGUGACUGCACUUGUGUUGAACAAGAAAUAUAAUUUUUCGAGAAUCAUUUUUCACUACAUGAAGGAGAAUAUUACAUCAGAAAGCAAAACAUGGCUCUAUCCAAGAUUUGUACAGAUGAUACUGGAUCAUGCUUAUCCAGAUCUUGAGAAAGAUGAAAAUAAUGAUUUGUUGGCGUUGUUCCACAUGGAUAAUGAAACUUUGAAAGUAUUGGCCAGAUAUCACAAAAAUCAUCCGGAAUCAUCAACAAAAGCAGACUUCUUUGGGUUUAUCAAGGAUAAAAAUUACGUUGAUCCAGAUCCUGUUGAUCAUCUCAAGUGGAGAAAUGAUAAAGAGAUAAAGGAAAAGAGUGUUGCGGAUGAGUUAAAAAAGUUAGAAGGUUUCAAGAACACAAGAAGUGAGUGGUUCUUGAAGGAAGAAAAAGAAAAGAAGAAAAGAGGAGGCAAGAGAACUCCAAAAGAGCAAGCUGAGGAGGGUUCUUCUUCACAACCAAAGCAAAAGCGUCAAAAGAAGGUUGUUGAAACUAUGCUUGUUGAUGAAUCAGAGAAAGAAGAUGAAGCUGAAGCUGAUGCUGAUGCUGAAGGAGAUCAUGUUCGUUUAUCUCCUGAAUCUGCAAAGUUAUUGAAAGCUCUUACUAAAAAUUUGGAAGGUGAAAAGGCAGCUGGUGAAGAAGGUGACAAAGAAGAUAAAAGUUCAUCAAGCUCAUCUGAAUCAGAGAUUGAUGAAACUGAACGUUUGAAAAGAAUUCAGGCUGAAAUUGAAAAAGAAAAACAGUUAAAGAGAAAAAGGAGAGAGGAGAAAAAUGAUGAUUUUUACAUUCCGUCUCCAGAGCAUGUUCAAGAUUCUCAAACACCACCAUCAUCUGGUGGUAGAAAGAAGUCAAAUGCAAGGAAAAGUGUUGUAUCUCCUAAAGCAGCAAGAAGAAAGUUGAUAGUUAAGCUGAAUCCUAAACACGCAUCAAAACCAAAACCAACUACACCACCAAAACAGCCUACUCCACCACAUGAAACACCACCACCAUCACCUCCACCACAAACUGAACAACUUUUAUCACCACCACAUCAAUCACCACCAAAACAAUCUACACCACCACACCAAUCACCAAUUCAAGAACAACCUGUUAUCACUUCAUCACAAAUCUUUCAAACACCACCAUCUACCCAACCACAAGUUCAAACCACUCCUGGUUCUUCAGGCUUUAAAGAGUUUCCUCAAGUCCCAGUGAAUAUUGCUCUUGAUGAUAUUGGAGAUUUCAGUUUUGUGAAUGAUGAGCAAGUGAAGAAGUUGGAAAAGAAGGUAGAAGAAGUGUUGAUUGAGAAUAAAAAAGUUGAAGUUGAUGAGACUGAGAUUGAUAUUAUGAAAGUUCGUAUUACAGAGUUGGAAGAAGAAAAGGCUCAGAGAGACGAACAGAAGAAGUACUUCAAGCUUAAGAACAAAGAGUUAGAGGCUGCUAAUGCAAAGAAAAAACACAAGAUAUAUAUGAUGAACAAAGUGUUAGAAAAUUUGAUUGGAAAGUCUGUUGAACAAAAGUUUGAAGAAAUUUAA